AUGGUUGACAUCAGACAAGCAACAAUGUAUGAUAUACCAGGGAUUCAAGCGCGUGCCUUUCUUUUUUCCCCAGAGGAAAAGCCAUGGGAUUAUGUUUUCUAUGAAUUUUAUAUAAUUUCGUCGCCUCAACUUGUUUAUGUCACAGAAGGCCACGGUACUGGUCGUAUUGUUGGAUAUGUUGUUGGUAGGAUGAAGGGAGAAGGUGUUAAACGUUAUGGUUAUAUUUUAUCUUUAUGUGUUCUUCCUAGUCACCGGUAUGAAAAUUAUGGUACUGCAGUUAAGUUGUGUGAUGAUGGGGAAGAUGCUUAUGUCUUGAGGAAACAACUUCAAGAAAAACAACCAGAUCAUAUUGGUGAUGGGUUUAGUCAUGGUGGUGGAUAUGCUUCUCGACUAAUUCCUAAGAGAACACAAGGGUGUUAG